AUGGAUAGCCGCACCGCGGGUAGUCAGAACAGAGUAACGAAAGCGACGUUUAGUGUAACCAAUGGGACCAGUGUACUGGCUACGCUAGAUCCGCCGACUCUUUAUCUUCGGGGUGAUAUCCUAAUCAAGUGCUGCAGAAUCGGCGGCGGCCAUUUGUUUCUCUGUCAGUUCAACACGUGCGCAGUCGACAGUAAGGCCGAGUGUUUGUCGCUGCCCAGCGAAGAACUGGACUUCCCGGCAUCAGACAGGCUGCGCGUUGACUUCCAUUUCCUUCAAUUAGCCUCGUCUGCAAUUCUGCGUCAAGCGUCAGACACGGUAGUGGUGCGUUUGCAACAACAGAUGACACAAUUAGUCGACGAUGAUGAUGAUCCGUAUGACUCAUUCAACAACCCGGCUGAGGAUUACAUUAGGUGUACUGCUGUUGUUGACUUCGGUUUUCAGACACCAGAACAGCAGUACAUGAAAGUUGCUGGAACAGUCUUGAUGACUGGUUUUGUAUGCACCAGCGUGAUGAUUAAGCGAUGUGCCACGGCAAGUUCGGUCGUGGUCAUACUCUGCGGAGUUACACUGAGCACCGUUAAAAAACGUCCAGUAAUCGCGCUCGCUGCGCUUCGAGUUUCCGAGUUCGGUGCUGUGCAUGCCAACGUCUUAGAAAGGCCAUUUCCGCCGCUUGAACUCGAUUUGGAGGUUUCUCAGCAUGGUCCUCGACUCAUCACCGUAGGACUCGACAGCAGGCCUUUUGCGCGCCAAGCCAAGCGCGGUUCUGAUCGUCUCUCCCAGAUCAGGUAUCGGUAUGGGUAUCGCGGCAUCCGCGGUAACUGGUGCGACACGGAUCACGAGCAGACGGUAACUUACGAUCGCAAAGAGCCCGUCGACGACACGGUCGACUCGGGCGUGCACGGACUGACCGCCUGUGAGGCGGACGAACAACCGCUGGAGAGACCGGAGGUGAUCGAGAUCCAAAAACGAAACGCGUCCACCAUCAGCGCCGGAUUUCAGCCAGACGAGUCGACGACCAAAGCGACGGUAGCGUCCCGGAAUGCCUAUGGCAAUGGUCGGCGUGACUUCGAGGAAGAUGGUCGAGUAUCACACUCUUCGCCGUCGCUGCGAGCGACAAAGCGACCUUUCAGCCCGCUGCAACGGUGCGUUAGCCCUGGUUCGACGGGCGGCGGCGGUGAUCACGCCUUGAUUGACGUCGGUCUGGUCGGCGAGGACCGAUAUGACCCUCAGAGUCGUGCUUUCUCG